AUGCCGGAAUCCGAAUGUCCUGGAUUUGAACCACAAACCUACCUAAAAGAUAGAUGUAAAAAAUGUUUUCGGUUAAAAUCAAAACAUCCAGACGCCUCAGAUGCCGCUGCUUCAACGGCUGCAUCUGCAGUUCCAACAACAUCUACAGCUCCUGCUGUUGGUGAGAGGAACCGCGAGAAGCGAAGAACGUGGAGGGAUAAAAUGACAAAUCGUCAGGAUAACGGAGGACCCGAACAUAUCCAUGAAGGUAACGAAGAGGAUACAACAUCAACAGUGUCAUUUAAGUCUGCAAAUUCUAAGGGAUUGUCAAGCGCCAAAUCGGCGGAAAGUAUCGGUUCAAAUCAAGACUCACGCAGUAUGGUUACAGCAAUAUCGGAUAGCUUAAAUGAAGAUGAAAGAUCAGAGACACCAACUGAAGGAGAGGUUGGCUGUAUAACUGUUUAUAUGCUUUGA